UAUCGGUUUUUGUUCUAUAAUGAUAAUCUGUUAAAAAUAACGAUUUAUAUGUUUGUGGACAAUCACUCUAUCUAAUCUAUCCAAUUUAUAGAACUAGUGCAAAUAUAGUGAUUUCUAUUAUUAGUUUUAACUGCGUUAUUUAAAUAAUAAGUGUGCAACCACCAAAAUGUCCAGUUACAUACAUAAGCCAGAUUUUAAUUUGGGCCCUGUGAGUGUGGAUCAAAUAUGUAAGAAUUUAUAUCUUGGUGGAUUAGCUGCAGCUAAAGAUAUUGAGACUCUGAAAAAAUUGAAAAUUACACAUAUCUUGACGAUAGAUACGUGUCCUUUACCUAGAAAUAUUUUAGAAUUGGGACACAUCAGUAAAAAGUUUAUACAGCUUGCUGAUCUACCAAAUGAGGACCUAUUGAGUCACUUGGAUGACACCUUUUCGUUUAUUGAUUCAGCUAUUGAAAAUAAUGGAGUGGUUCUUGUACAUUGCUACUUUGGGGUAUCAAGGAGUGCAACCAUUGUAAUCGCAUAUGUGAUGAAAAAAAACUACAUUGGUUUACAAGAAGCACAGGAAAUUGUCCGUGCUAAACGCAGCAUAGUCCAUCCAAAUCAGGGUUUCAUAUCCCAACUAAAACUUUACUAUGAUAUGGGAUGUUGCAUUGACCGAACCUACAUGCACUACAAGAUCUACCGUUUAGGCAAGGCGGCCGCUUUGGUGCGUAACGUUAAAGUCUUACCUUCAGAUUAUCUAGACUUGAUUGAACCUGAUCCGGGAUUGGCUACAGUACAACCGAAUCCGAACGUCUACAAAUGUAAAAAAUGUCGCCGAGUCGUCGCCACUGAUUCAAACUUGCUGGUGCACAAGGACAAAAAUCAACCAUGCAAGAGGAUGUACUUUAUUGAACCUGUUAGGUGGAUGCAAGUCACACAACAUGUGGAGGGGAAGCUGCAUUGUCCACAGUGUGACUCGAAGCUAGGAUCAUUCAGUUGGAUUAAGGGAUGUGAAUGUCCAUGUGGAGUUAAAGUGGCGCCUGCUUUUUAUCUGACUCCUUCUAAGGUAGAUUUUUCGAAUGUUGUACAGAAUGUUGAGAUGACAUUUUAAUUAAAAUUACUAUUCUUAAAGACUCA